AUUGUUACAAUAUAUACUUACAUGAGAAUGAUCUAGAAAAUAUUAUAUUAAUACUAGAUUAAAAUAAAUAAGCAAUCUAUUUGCAUAGCGUCUAUGAAUCUUUUACUUCUUUUCGCUAUGUCAAUUAAGACUUACUACGCCGAUCAUUAUUCUAAUGAGGCUAGCGAAGCAGAAAUUAUGAUAAAUUAACAGAUGACACAUAGAUAAGUUUGCAUAAAAAUCUAAACACUCUGACGUUAUUUAUCAUACAUACAAACGACAUAAGCUCUGCAUGUACGUAUAACUACUGCGCCUUUAAGAAUAUAAUCCUCUUUGUUCUUUCAUAUUUCAUCGGUCUGCAACGAUCUUGUCGAGCAAUCAUGUUACUGCCGAUACUUCUCUUCUCUAUUCUCUUCUCCGCGAAUGCUGGAUGCUUGAGUCUGACAGAUGAAAAGGUAAACCAAAUACCAAAAUUAUAUCCAGAAUUAAAACAAAUAUCAAAUAUUACGGAUCUGUUAACACCUACUUUACCUGAGGAUGCACAGCUUACCACGAUGGAACUGAUAAGUAAAUAUGGUUAUAAUGGUGAGCUGCAUAGAGUAACCACUUCAGACGGCUACAUUUUGGAAUUACAUCGAAUAACAGGACGAGCUAAUUCUACCGAUUUAAAUAUACAAAAACCUAUUGCGUUUGUGAUGCAUGGUAUUUUGUGUGAUUCAGCGUCUUGGGUUAUUACCCGUGAGAAAAGUUUAGCAUUUAUUCUGGCGGAUGAGGGAUACGAUGUAUGGCUUGGUAAUGCACGUGGCAAUCCGUAUGCUCAUACUCAUACAAAUCCCAAUAUCACUAAAAGUGAAUAUUGGAACUUCAGUUGGCAUGAAAUCGGCACGCGUGAUCUUCCAGCAAUGAUAGAUUAUGUUGUGAAAACUACUGGUCGUAGAAAAAUGUUCUAUCUAGGACACAGCCAAGGUACCACCUCCUUUUUCGUCAUGGCUACAGAACGACCUGAAUAUCAGGAAUAUAUCGAGGAAAUGUACGCUAUGGCUCCGAUCGCUUACUGUGGUAGGCUAAAGAGUCCCUUUUUGCAAUUGCUGUCACAGUGCAUUGCUAACAAUGACCUUGCCUUCAAAUUACUUGGUUAUAAUGACAUAAAUCCUAACAGUGACUUCAUAAAAGCAUUUGAAGAAUUGAUAUGCGCGAAAAACGCUAUUACUCAGCCUGUAUGCUCAAAUUUGGUAUUUCUAGUGGCUGGAUUCGACCCUGAACAACUUGAUCCGAGUGUUAUACCGGUAGCCUUAGGACAUGUUCCUGCUGAUACAGCCACAAAGCAAUUCGUUCAUUACGCUCAACUCAUCAAGUCUGGCACGUUUUUCUUUUCGGGAAAAUUUAAACAAUACGAUCACGGAAUAUUAAAAAAUUUGAAAGUGUAUGGCUCAUUAAAUCCACCGACAUAUGAUUUGAGCAAAGUCAAAACACCAACCCAUUUGUAUUAUAGUGAAAAUGAUUGGUUAUCAAAUGUCAAGGAUGUGGAAAAAUUAUACAGUCAGUUGAGCAAUCCUUCUGGUAAGACCUUAAUAGCAAACAAGAAUUUUAAUCACGUGGACUACAUGUGGGCUAAAGACGUGAAGAAACUUGUAUAUGAUUUGAUUCUUAAUGAAAUGAAGAAAAAAUUAAAAUAAAAUACUAGCAGUUACCUAUUUUUUUUAUUUCUACAAUGACUAAUUCACUCAAUUGACGAAAAAUUUGCCAUUUUUAUCGAUUGGAUUAUCUUGUUUCAAAAUCGAUGCUUGCAUCCAAUAUAAUUUGAUAUAUAUCGGUUUGAUUUAUCAAUCUCUUGUUAAUGUGUUCGCCUCGUUAAAAAUUAUUUUGUCAGUUUAAAACGUGAUAUGUAUAUUUUGCACUUGUACUUAUUAUUAUAAAUUUCUUACAUAAAUUCGCUUGUAUAU